CUGCCUUGAUGCCACUGCUGCAAUGUGACUUUGUGUCAACUGUGUGGUGGUAGCAGCUAAUAACAACUGGAUGAUGUGGGGUGCAAAUGGAAAGCGGUACAGCCUAACGCUGCUAUUUGUAGCCAUUGCCUCCUAUGACCUUGGGCUUGCAAAUGGGCUUCAUGAUCCUGGUAGAGGUCCUGACCAAGGCCAGAAGACCCAAAGUGUCAGCAACAGCAUUCACAACAAGCCAUCCACCAGCAGCAACUCUGGCAUCAAGGGGGUUAUCCCUCAACAGCAGCAAACACAGGUCAUCAAAGAUGAACAGCAGGAAAUCAAAGAUGAAUCGCAGUCACCAGACAAAUCCAAACAACCUGUGGGACAGCUCUAUGAUGACCAGAAGCCUCAGGCUGCGUCCAAAUCUGUGCAAUAGACUCAGCCAUCCUUGACGACACCGGCUACAGCCCCACCAAAGCAGCAGACCAAGGAACAGGAUGGGGGUAGUAUUCCUCAACAUGGAAAAUCCAAAACACCUGUGGCACAGAUGUAUGAUGACCAGAAGCCUCAGGCUGCGUCCAAAUCUGUGCAACAGACACAGCCAUCCUUGACAACCCAGGCUACAGCCUCACCAAAGCAGCAGACCAAGCAACAAGAUGGGGGUAGUAUUCCUCAACAUGCCAAAUCCAAAAUGCCUGUGGCACAGAUGUAUGAUGACCAGAAGCCUCAGGCUGCGUCCAAAUCUGUGCAACAGACACAGCCAUCCUUGACAACACAGGCUACAGACCCACCAAAGCAGCAGACCAAGCAACAAGAUGGGGGUAGUAUUCCUCAACAUGCCAAAUCCAAAAUGCCUGUGGCACAGAUGUAUGAUGACCAGAAGCCUCAGGCUACGUCCAAAUCUGUGCAACAGACACAGCCAUCCUUGACAACACAGGCUACAGACCCACCAAAGCAGCAGACCAAGCAACAAGAUGGGGGUAGUAUUCCUCAACAUGCCAAAUCCAAAAUGCCUGUGGCACAGAUGUAUGAUGACCAGAAGCCUCAGGCUGCGUCCAAAUCUGUGCAACAGACACAGCAAUCCUUGACAACACAGUCUACAGCCCCACCAAAGCAGCAGACCAAGCAACAUCCCCUUACAGCAGGGCACAAGUCUAAACGGCAGCAGAAGCGGCAGCUCUACUCUCUCAGCUGAAGGUCUAAUCUUUGAAGCUUCAAUAAAAUGUCAAACCCA